AACAUAAUCACAAACACAACACUUGGGCAAAUAUAAAUAAAGUUUCCAUCAUUCCUCACCAUAAACUAACACAUUCUCCUUCUUCACAGGAAGAAAUGGAGAUAUCUCUUCCUUUGGUUUUGCUUGCCACUGUGGUUAUUAUGGCUAUGCCAUUGCCACUUUCAUUUGGGGUACAAGGAAACCAACUUUCAUACAACUACUACAAGUAUUCAUGUCCAAACUUGGAAAGUUUGGUUGAGAAAAAAUUGAUGAGCUUAUUAUUGACAGAUAUAACUGCACCAUCAUCAUUACUCAGGCUCAUGUUUCAUGACUGCCAAGUUCAGGGAUGUGAUGCCUCAAUUUUGUUGGACACAAACUACAUUACUCGAAGCACCGAAAUAACAUCUUCGAGAAACUUUGGAAUCAAACAUAGAGAAACAAUCGAUGUCAUAAAAUCAGUGUUAGAAGAAGAAUGUCCAGGACAAGUCUCUUGUGCAGAUAUCAUUGUAUUAGCUGCUAAGGCAUCAGUUGCCCUUUCUGGAGGACCUAAUAUUGAAGUUCCACUUGGAAGAAAAGAUUCAACAACUUCUAGUUCUAAACAAGCUGAUGCUAAGCUUCCUUCACCAACAAUAUCAGUUGAUGAAUUUAUAUCCAUUUUUAAAUCUAAAGGAAUGAGCAUUCAAGAAGCUGUUUCCAUUUUAGGUGCACAUACACUAGGUGUUGGACACUGCAUAAACAUUGUUGGCAGAUUGUAUAAUCAACAGAUAAGAGAUAAUAUGGAUUGGAGGUUUAAAACCUCACUAAGACUAGCAUGCCCAACAGAGAUUCCUUUGACAAACCUAACAUUUGUGCCUAUUGACAUGACCCCUACAAUAUUUGACAAUCAUUAUUACAGAGAAAUUUUGAUGGGGAGAGGUUUGUUUGGUAUUGACUCAUACAUUUCUACAGAUCCAAGAACUGCACCCUUUGUCAUGAGAUUUGCUGUGGAUCAGAACUACUUCUUUGACUCCUUCAAAUCUGCAUUUGUUAAGCUUUCUUCUUCCAAUGUUCUCACAAAUAUGCAGGGUGAAGUAAGAAGGAAAUGCAGCCAGAGAAACUAAUGGAGUCAAAAUGUUAUAUGCAAUUUAUCAUCUACUGUAUUUGUAAGGGGAAAAAGUACAAUACAAGCACAUUGCUUAUCUAAUUCAUUUGUCCUAUUGUUGAUGAUUUAUAUUUUAUUCUUCCAAUGUUCUUUGUAAGUUAUUCUAAUUGUAAGAAAUGAAAUUUGAUUUGAUUUUGAUAAA